CUGUGAGCAGGACCCCCGGGACCCCAUCUACCUGCCAGCAGCCCUGGAGCUCCUGGAUGCUCCUGAGCACUUCCGGGUGCAGCAGGUGGGCCACUACCCACCGGCCAACUCCUCCUUGGGCUCCCGCUCCGAGACCUUCCUGCUCCUGCAGCCUUGGCCCAGGGCCCAGCCUCUCCUCCGCGCCUCCUACCCGCCCUUCGCCACUCAGCAGGUCGUGCCUCCCCGGGUCACGGACCCCCACCAGCGGCCGGUCCCCUGGGACGUGCGGGCCGUGUCAGUGGAAGCCGCAGUGACUCCCGCAGAGCCCCAUGCCCGCGUCCUCUUCCAUCUCAAAGGGCAGGAUUGGCCACCGGGGCCUGGCAGCCUGCCCUGUGCCCGGCUCCAUGCCACACACCCUGCGGGCAUGGCUCACCGAGCAUGCCGUUUCCAGCUGUCCCUGGGCGCCUGCGUGGUGGAGCUGGAGUUCCCCUCGCACUGGUUCGCCCAGGCCUCCACCACGCGGGCUGAGCUGUCGUACACGCUGGAGCCUGCAGCCGAGGGCCCUGAUGGCUGUGGCCCUGGUGUGGAGGAGGACCCCGGAAAGCAGGCCCUCCCAGUGGGCAGUGUGGAGCUGCGGUCGGCGGACCCCCCACAGUUCCAAGAGGUGCCCCUGGACGAAGCCGUGACACUGAGGGUGCCUGACGUGCCCGUGCGGCCCGGCCAGACUUUCAGCGCCGCCCUCCUCUUGCGGCACAACUUCACGGCCAGCCUCCUGACCCUGCGGAUCAAGGUGAAGAAGGGGCUGCAUGUGACGGCUGCCCGACCAGCCCAGCCCACCCUCUGGACGGCCAAGCUGGACCGCUUCAAGAGUUCUAAGCAUCACACCACCCUCAUCACCUGUCACCGCACUGCAUCCUCAGGCCCAGACUCAAGCCCCCUUGAACUGGCCGAGUUCCUGUGGGUGGACUUUGCGGUGGAGAAUGGCACUGGUGGGGGUGUGGCGGUCACUCGUCCUGUCACCUGGCAGCUGGAGUACCCUGGCCAGGCCCCCGAGGCAGAGAAGGACAAAAUGGUGUGGGAGAUUCUGGUGUCAGAGCGAGACAUAAGAGCCCUCGUCCCACUGGCCAAGGCAGAAGAGCUGGUGAAUACGGCACCCCUGACUGGAGUGCCCCGGCACGUCCCUGUGCGCCUCGUCACCGUGGACAGUGGCGGGGCCCUGGUGGAGGUGACAGAGCACAUCGGCUGUGAGUCGUCCAACACACAGGUCCUGCAGGUGUCUGAGAACUGUGACUCUGUGUUUGUGGCCGGCAAGGAGAGCCGGGGCGCUCGGGGCGUUCGGGUGGACUUCUGGUGGCGUCGGCUACGGGCCUCCCUGCGUCUGACGGUAUGGGCCCCGCUGCUGCCCCUGCGCAUCGAGCUGACCGACACCACCCUAGAGCAGGUCCGAGGCUGGAGGGUCCCUGGCAUAGCUGACGGGGCCGCCGAGCCCGAGGCUGCCGCUGGCCUGGAGGACGCUGAGCGGCGCGCCCGGGGCUGCCGGCUGCAGUACCAGCGCGCGGGCGUGCGUUUCCUCGCCCCCUUCGCGGCCCACCCGCAGGACGGCGGCCGCCGCCUCACCCACCUGCUGGGCCCGGACUGGCUGCUGGACGUGUCUCACCUCGUGGCACCGCACGCCCGCGUGCAGGACCCGCGCAUAGCCUCUCUGGAGGGUGGCCGCAUCGUGGUGGGCCGGGAGCCCGGGGUCACCUCCAUUGAGGUGGCGUCCCCGCUGUCCGACUCCAUCCUUGGGGAGCAGGCCUUGGCAGUGACAGACGACAAGGUCUCCGUCCUGGAAUUACACGUGCAGCCAGUGAUGGGCAUAUCGCUGUCCCUGAGCCGGGGCGCUGCCCACCCCGGGGAGGUCACAGCUACCUGCUGGGCACAGUCCGUCCUCCCUGCCCCAAAGCAGGAGGUGGCCCUCUCCCUUUGGUUGUCCUUCUCCGACCACACGCUGGCCCCAGCUGAGCUCUACGACCGCCGUGACCUGGGACUGACUGUCUCCACUGAGGAGCCUGGUGCCAUCCUGCCAGCAGAGGAGCGGGGUGCCCAGCUCGGGGUGGUGGUGAGUGGGGUGGGCACUGAGGGGCUGCCCCUGCAUGUGGCUCUGCACCCAGCCGAGCCCUGCCGCCGGGGCCGCCACCGAGUGCCCCUGGCCUCUGGCACUGCCUGGCUGGGGCUGCCCCCUGCCCCUACCCCAGUCCCUGCCCUCCCAUCCAGCCCUGCCCGGAGCCCACUGGCCACGGAGGCCAGCGUGGGUGCUGAACAUCGGGCAGUGGGCAGUGGAGGGGGCAGUGGGGGUGUGAGGGGCAAGUUUGAACGGGUAGAGGAAGAGGCUGAGGCCACGGAGGAGGAGGAGGAUGGGGAUGAAGAAGAGGAGAUGGUGCCUGCCCCGCAGCGGGUCACUGAUCUAGAGCUGGGCAUGUAUGCCUUGCUGGGCAUCUUCUGUCUGGCCAUCCUUAUCUUCCUGGUCAACGGCGUGGUCUUCGUGCUACGUUACCAGCGCAAGGAGCCCCCCGACAGUGCCACCAACCCUGCGUCCCCCCAGCCUCACAACUGGGUCUGGCUGGGCACUGACCAGGAGGAGCUGAGUCGCCAGCUGGACCGGCGGUCCCCUGGCCCACCCAAGGGGGAGGGGGGCUGCCCCUGUGAGAGUGGAGGAGGAGGGGAGACCUCAGCCCUGGCACCCGGCCCCACUGCGGGAACCACCACCAGCUCCUCCAGUACCCUGACCCGCAAGGAAGCUGGGGGGCGGCGGAAGCGCGUGGAGUUUGUGACGUUUGCACCAGCGCCCCCCACCCAGCCACCUGAGGAGCCUGCAGGGGCCCCCGCUGUGCAGUCCAUUCUGGUGGCGGGCGAGGAGGACAUCCGCUGGGUGUGUGAGGACAUGGGGUUGAAGGACCCAGAGGAGCUGCGUAACUACAUGGAGAGGAUCCGAGGCAGCUCCUGACCGCAUCCUGACCCCGCAUCGUCACAGGCCACCAGCCUGCGCGGCAGGGCGGCGUCCACCCCACCUCCCGCCUGCCUCCUGCUCUGGUGCUUGCUGGUCCAAGUCCCCUGCCUGGUCCCCUCGAAAAGACUCCCACCCGGGCCCCUGUGCCCUGCCCCUAUCCCAGACCAUGGUCAUGAGGAAGGGCUCAUGCUCCUUAUUUAUGGGAAUCAUUUCAUUCUUUGUUGGGUACAGAAUAAACCGAGAAGGAAAUCAGA